AUGGCGCUGACCACGGGCAUCCGUUUCGAAAUCGUCUCCGGGGGGGAGUACCUGAACACGAGACCGUGCGUGCUGAUCGGGAACCACCAGUCCGAACUCGACGUCCUCCUCCUCGGCACCAUCUUUCCCCCAUACUGCAGCGUGACGGCCAAACGCUCCCUCCGCCUCGUGCCCUUUCUCGGCUGGUUCAUGGCGCUCUCCGGCACCGUGUUCAUCGAUCGCUCCAACUCCGCCUCCGCGCACGCGGCGUUCGACAAAGCGGCCGCGGAGAUGCGGGAGGAGAGGCAGAGCGUUUUCAUCUUCCCGGAGGGCACGAGGAGUUAUGCCGAGGGGCCGGAGAUGGGGGCGUUCAAGAAGGGCGCGUUUCAUUUGGCGGUGAAAGCCGGGGUGGAUAUCGUACCGGUUGUGGCGGGGAAUUAUUGGGGCGUGCUGAGUGUGAAGGAGCAGAGGUUUAGGAGUGGGAGAAUACCGGUCAAGGUACUACCGCCGAUACCAACGGCCCACCUCACAGCGGCCGAUGUUGAAGAAUUGACACGGACGACGCGGGAGAAAAUGCUGAAAGAGCUCGUGGCGUUGACCGAGAGUCCGAUGGGCCAGAAAGCUACAAAGGCUCAUGUCGAAGCGGGAGAGGAAGAUCUCGCAAGACUGGCGACACCGACUGCGAUGGCUAGCGGUCUUGAGCGGUAG